AUGAGCAUGAGUACGUUUGUACCUUUUACGGGUUCUUGGAUAACGUUUAUUUUAUUAUUGAGUGUAUUAGUUAUAUUUUUAUCGCUAUUUAUAAAAAGAACAAAAUUUCUUUAUUCAUUGAGGAACGUACCAUCACCAAUGGCCCUGCCAUUGAUCGGAAAUGCCGUGCAGCUGAAUUGCAGCCUCGAAGAAUUUUUCCGCAAACUUCUUGAGUGGGGCAAACAAUUCGGUGAUAUAUAUUUGCUGUGGGUUGGACCAAGACCUUUUGUUUUCGUUUACCGGGUCGAAGAUGUCCAACCAUUAUUGAGCAGCAGCAUUCAUAUCGAUAAGAGUUUGGAAUAUUCUUAUCUCAAGCCCUGGCUCGGUUACGGCCUUGUCACGAGUACUGGUGCGCAGUGGCAAUCAUUACGAAAAAUACUUACACCGACAUUUCACAAUGGAUUGCAGCAGCAAUAUUUGAAAUCAGUUAUCCGCGAAACGAAAACUUUGAUUUCUUGUCUGAAAGCAGAAGUUAAUAAUGUGUUUGAUAUUGUGCCUUAUGCGAAACGCGCUGCACUAGAUGUUAUUUGCGAAACUAGUAUGGGCUAUCAAUUAAAUUCACAAAUGAAUUUUGAAAAUGACUAUGUCGCAUCGGUUGAAAAAAUGACGUCUAUUAUUCAAACGAGAUUUACAAAUAUUUGGAUAGCAAACGACACGAUAUUCAAUUUAACUUCAUUGGGAAAAGAACACGGAAAAGCAUUAAAGACAAUUCACAACUUUGUAGAUAAUAUAAUAACGGAACGUAAAGCUCAAUGGAAGGUUAACUAUGAUAAUAAUUUCAAUAAAUCAAUGAAUAAUAAACAAGCGCUCCUUGAUCUGUUGCUCGAUCAUUCGGAAAAUAAUAUGGGCCUCACGGAUUCGGAUAUACGUGAUCAAGUAAACACUUUUAUGUUUGCCGGACAUGACACUGCUGCAAUGAGUAUUUCUUGGGUUUUAUAUUUAUUAGGACGGAAUCCAGAGUAUCAGAAGAAAAUAAUUGAAGAAUUUGAUACAAUUAUUGGCAACGAUGAAUUAACGAUGGAUAAUUUACAUAAAUUAACAUGGCUAGAGGCGUGUGUCAAAGAAACUUGGCGAUUGUAUCCUGUAGCUCCUAUAAUUGCUCGUCAAAUUUACAAUCCCAUUAAAUUAAUGAAUCACAACAUACCAGUUGGCUCAACAGUAUUGAUAAAUUUGUUUAUGCUUCACCGAGAUCCUAGAUAUUUUCCAAAUCCCGAAGUUUACCAACCAGAACGUUUUUUACCAAACAGCCCAAAGCCGCCUCCAUUCGCAUACAUUCCAUUCAGUGCUGGAUCACGAAACUGUAUCGGAUGGAAAUUCGGCACCAUGGUAGUUAAAGCCUCCAUUUUAUCGAUAUUACGGGCUUACGAAAUUGAAUCUGUCGACAGUUCAGAUCAGCUAAGAUUAAUUUCCUCUAUAGUUCUUAUCAACAAAUAUGGUGUACGUAUUAAAAUUUCACCAAGAGUUUCACCCAACGGUGACAAACCGACCGUGAUAUCUGAUGACUGUGCUGAUGAUUGAAUUUAUUAGUUGAUAUUAUUAAUUAACUUAAAUUUAUCAUACGACUUAUCUAUUUAUAUAAUUAAUUCAUAAGUAAAUAUAAAGAGAUUUGUAUGUUAAUUUUUUUUUUAAGUGCCUAAUAUUUAAAGAAAAAUUUUUUA